CAUUUUAAUUGUUUUUUUUUGGGUUACUCUGUACUCACUAUAAUACCAGAAUCGCAUGAGCCAAUCACUCUCCCAUUUCUCUCUCUCAAAAUCCGUACAAAAUCCACAACCAAACCCACUGAGUGAAGAAUUUUUGUACAAUAAAGUUGGGUUUUGCUCGAACCCCAAUUUCUCUCUCGCUUUUUUUUCUUUGGAAAUUCAAAAAAUUGAAUCACAAGCCGACGCCAAAGCGCGUUUUGAGUAGCUGUAUGCUACGACAGAGUUUGAGUCACUCUUCAUUAUCACCAUCAUCGUCGUCAUCUUCAUCGUCUUCUUCCUAUUUUAAGUAAAUAGAUACUGACAUUUUGCGGAUUCAUUACUGAGUAGGCACUAAUAGUGACCAUGAAUGACGUACUGAGUUAUCGAAACUAAUUCAUUAAGAGGUGUGAUUUUGUUCUCUGCUUCUUUUCGUGUUGGGAUCGCCACAAAAUCGCAGUGGAUCUGAGACUUUGGAGCUUCUUCACGAUUUCUCGUUCAACAUAGGGUUGAAUAUUUCAGACGAGGCUCUUCAGAAUCUCAUUUCUUUUUUUCCGGGAAAGAAUCACUUUCUGGAAUUUCCUUUUCUCAGUGAAUCUCAUACUGAACCCCACCAAAAUGGGAAAAUCAGCUACAACCGGACGAGACUGGACUCAGAUCUACGCGAUCUACGGGCUCGACCAAUGGCAGACCUUACUCUUCCUCCUCUUCCACGCCAUCCUCUUCACUGUCCUCUCCAUCCUCUACCUCGCUUACUUCAACCCCGUAGUCCACCUCUUCGAGCGUUUCCUCGCCGUGGCCUCCGUUCCAGGCGGAGCCGCUCGUUUCGCCGCCGGGUUCACCGGCUCCGUCACGGCAAUCUCCGCCAUUUGCCUCUUCUUCGCCGCGGCCAACUUCUUCUACUCUUCUCUCCCGCUGCACUACGACAUGGCCCACCGCAUGGUCAACUCAGUAAACGAUUGGUCAACGGUUAAACACGCCCUCGACUUGGGCUGCGGCCGUGGGAUCCUCCUCAACGCAGUGGCGACCCAGCUCAAGAAAGGCGGGAGUUCGGGUCGGGUCGUGGGCCUGGACCGGUCGAAGAGCUCGACCCUCUCGACUCUACGGACGGCCAAGAUGGAAGGUGUUGGGGAGUACGUGACUUGCCGUGAGGGUGAUCCCAGGAGAUUACCUUUCGGAGAUAACUACUUCGACGUGGUAGUAUCCGGUGUGUUCGUCCACACGGUGGGUAAGGAGCACGGACCCAAGACGGUGGCGGCAUCCGCCGAGAGAAUGAGGGCGGUGGGUGAGCUCGUAAGGGUGCUCAAGCCCGGUGGGGUUGGGGUCGUGUGGGACCUGGUGCACGUGCCGGAGUACGUGCGGCGGCUACAGGAGUUGAAGAUGGAAGACGUGAGAGUCUCCGAACGUGUGACGGCUUUUAUGGUCAACAGCCACAUCGUCUCGUUUAGAAAGCCUAGUCAGCAUUUUGUGGGACCCAAUGAGGUCAGGCUGGAUUGGAGAUGCUGAUGUGGAAAAUGGAAACAUAUUAUUAUAAUAUUAUAUUAUAUUAAAAAAAAAAGAAAGAUAUAUACUUGAGGAUUAUUAGAAGAAAAAAAAGAGAAGAGAAAAAAAAAUAAUGGUUUUUUUUUCUUUCGUUUUGAAUAUUACAUAGUUUGGUAUGUAAGAUUAUAAUGAUGAUGUUUGAGGAGGCGAAGCUGACUCAGAUGGUUUGGUGGAAUAUAUAAUAUAUAUAUAUAUAUAUAUUCGUAUUUGUAUAACGUAGUUUGUCAUAUAAUAUGGUUUUAAUGCCAACUUUUCUCCAACUAGAUAUGAUUUUGUCCCGGCUUAGUGAAAGAUAUAGAAUAUGUAUAUUACUAGUCAUUUUUUAAUGCUUAUUUUUCAUCUUAUUUGAGUAA